AUGACUGGCUUGGAAAAUUACUCAGAUGAGAUCCAUCAUUUCUUUUCUCUUAGAGCAAAGGACUUUUCAGAAGAAUUGAAGAAGCAAGUAUGGGCAGACGACGCCAAGUUGGGCAAGAGUGUUGAUCUGCUUGAGGAUAGGAAGGCUCUACAGAAGGAUCUGGACAGGAUGGAUCCAUGGGCUAAGACAAAUUGCAUGAGGUUCAUUGCAUUGCUGGUCCAUUGCUGGUCACCUGCAUGGGACCAGCCCAAAGACUCCAGUAGUCCCCAGGACUCCAUCUCUUCUCAUCAACAGAACUCCACAGUCAAACAUUCCAAUGCCUGGUUCUUGCCCCUAAUCUUUGGCAGACUUAAUCCUGCACGUAGUGUAAUUCCCAACUCAUCUCACCAGGACUCAUCCAUAAAGCAGACUUGUCAAAACUGUCAGAAACGCUGGAUUAGUUACAAAGGUCAAUGCUACUUACUCCAUUCACAUCUCUUAUGUUUAACUCUCUCUACUGUGCAAAAAACCUGCUGGACUGAAAGAGCAGGAGGUCACCUAACCAGUGCAAAUAAGAAUUAAUUCCUUUGUAAACUUGCUCAGGGCAGAAAAACCCAUUUCUGGACAGGGGGAAGUUACCAAAAAUGGUCAUUUUUGAAAUGGAGUGAUGAAUUUCUCACAACCUGCAUUCAAAGGCCUCUGUUAUCCCUUUUCAGAGCUGUUGGGGGACUCAUUAACAUCCUGUUUAUCAUAAAAAUUUUCCUGACUCUGAAUAUUGGACUUAAAAAACUGAGAUGA